CACGUGGCCUAAUCCCCACAGCGCCAAAACGCGAAAUUAAAGACUCCAAGUCCCCACAACCAUCACUUCUAACUUUCUUUCUCUUUCUCUCCGUUUCUCAGUUCCCAAACGCACUUCUUCCCACUCAAUAAAAUCUUGAAAAGACAAUAGGCGCCAAUGGAACCCCAAUCCCAAACCCAACCCCAACAACAAAACCAGAACCAGAAAUCCAAGCCAAACAUGAACAAGUCUUAUUCGAUGAACUCGGACGACUCGCCGCUCCGCUUCCACUCCCCGAUCCGAUCCGACGCCGGCGACCCGCCCGAAACUCCGCCCUACGAGUCUCCCGAGAACUCGCCAGAGAGGCGGGUGGACAACUCCAAGGCGAUCAUGGCCGUCGACAAGUUCACCCAGUACUCGCCGCUCCGGCCUCAGAAACCGCCGGAGAAUGCUAAGGCGCCGUCUCCUGUGGUGGUGUACAACCGGUCGAUGAGGGAGGACAUGGCGCCGUCGGUGUCGAAGGUGGGGCCUGUCGUUGGAGCCAACGGCGGCGAAGACGUCGUCAACGGCGUCAUUGGAGGUGGGAGAUCGAGGGGGAUAACUUCGACCCGGCCGAAGAGAGGAGAUAUGGUGAAGACGGCGGCGCUGGGGUUUAGAGUGAGCGAGGUGGUGCUGUGCUUGAUUUCGUUCUCGGUUAUGGCUGCUGAUAAAACUCAGGGGUGGAGCGGCGACUCCUUCGAUCGCUACAAGGAAUACAGGUAUUGCUUAGCUGUGAAUGUUAUUGCAUUUGUAUAUGCUGCCUUUCAGGCUUAUAAUCUAUCCUACCAUCUAGUCACGCGGAAAUAUGUGAUCCGCCACCAUCUUCGUCGCCACUUCGAUUUCUUCAUGGAUCAGGUACUGGCAUAUCUUCUGAUUUCAGCAUCAUCAUCUGCAGCCACUCGGGUUGAUGACUGGCAAUCAAAUUGGGGUAAAGACGAGUUCACGGAGAUGGCCACUGCUUCGGUCAGCAUGGCCUUCCUGGCUUUUGUUGCCUUUGCACUUAGCUCCCUCAUCUCUGGUUACAAUCUCUGUACCCAUGACUCUGCAUGACCGCAACUAUAACCAGCCGCCCGUAGACUAAGUUUUCAAUUUCUCAUGUUGUGAGAAGAUAAUUAUAGAAUGUGAAUGAAAAAUUAUUUUUUUGAAUUUUGUUUGUACAGCUUCAAACAGCAUGUUUUCCUCCCAUAGCGAUUCUACGGUCAGUGUAUUCUGGCUCUUUAAAUCUUUUAUGGAGAGAGCAUAGCUUAUAUAUAUGUUGUGGAUUUUGUACAAGUUUGCAACUUCUAAGAAGAAUAAAGUUCAUCUUUGCCAACUGGGGUCUAGCUCGG